AUGAGCCGUCUCCGAGCAUUUUCAUCGCCGGAUUUAGUUCCUUCUGGUUCUGGAUCUAUUACAUCACCAACAAGAACAACAGAGCACCAAUCUCAGGAAGAUUCUGGUUUAGAAGGGAUUUCUACAAACGUGAAAUUACUCCUGAAACUCGUUCAAGAUCACAACGAAGCAACCUCGAAGCACCGCGAUGAAUGGAAAGCGCAAAGAGUCAACACGAUGAUGAUGAUUCUCGAUGAUUUAAAGACACGAAUCCAGAAAGCUCAACAACAAUCAUCAUCAGAGAAAAAAGAGCUUAGACGUUGCAACACAGAUCUGAAACCAAGGCAAGAUACGAACAAGAAUGCGGUAAAGCCGCCACUGAACGAUCUUGACGAUAUCCAGAAGGUGAGAAGAGAGCUAAGCGCGAGUAUGACUACAAGAAAGAGUCUUCAAAUGAUGUGUUCAAGUUUAGGGAAAGAGAAAGAGAUAAUGGCUAUGGAGCUUUCGAGGAAAGCUCACGAAUUGAUUGAAAUGGAGGAGCUUGUUAGUGAUCUCAAGGCUCAAAAUGACAAAUUACUUAAGAAAGUUCAGAAUUGCGCGGCAGAGCAUAAUAAGGAGAAGAAAGGAGAUGGUGAUGGUCAAGGAGACAACGAUAGAUCUCUUCAGGGAAGAAACAAAGAGUUGUCCGAACAGCUUCUUAAGUCUAUUGACGGAUACCGGUCGCUGAAAAGACGAUACAAAGAUGUUCAAGAGGAAAACGGAUCGAUGAAACAAGUACUUAGAGAUUCUGCAGAACAAGUGAAUGUUGGGACUCAGAGACUCACCGAGUUGCAAGAGAAAAUCACAAGAUCAGAUGAAGUGGAUCUUGAGAAUGAGAUAUCAGAUCUAGAGAAGUUGUUUCAAGGGCUUGAAUUAAAGAUUUCAAAUCAUUCCCAGAAGAAGUAA